UGAUGAUAAACCAUACAGGACAGCGACUGCUGCGGAGAGAGAGUGGGGAGGACAGAGGUUUAAAAUUACAGUCUGUUCAAACCCGUAGUGGAAAAUAACGCUUGUUUAAGCAGGGGCGGAGGGGGUCACUUGGUUUAUCCAAGUAAAAAAAAAAAAACCCGUACGAGUUGAAGACGCAGCGACGAAUUUUAGAAGUUGGUUUUCUAUGCACCCCACUACAACCUGCAAAUUCUCCUGUCUGCUGUAGAGGAGAAUGAGAGAGAAUGAGCCAGCGAGAUACCCUGGUGCAUCUGUUUGCUGGAGGGUGUGGGGGCACAGUUGGUGCAAUAUUGACAUGCCCGCUGGAAGUGGUGAAAACAAGGCUGCAGUCUUCCUCUGUCACGCUGUACAUCUCCGAAGUGCAGCUCAGCACUGUGAAUGGGGCUAGUGUCAACAGAGUGGCCCGUGUCUCUCCUGGACCUCUUCAUUGCCUGAAACAAAUACUGGAAAAAGAAGGCCCUCGUUCACUUUUCAGAGGGUUGGGGCCUAAUCUGGUGGGUGUGGCUCCUUCCAGAGCUAUAUACUUUGCUGCUUACUCCAGUUCAAAAGAGAAAUUGAAUGGUAUUUUUGAGCCAGAUUCAACCCAGGUGCACAUGGUUUCAGCUGGACUUGCAGGGUUUACUGCAAUCACAGCCACUAAUCCCAUCUGGCUAAUCAAGACUCGCUUGCAGCUGGAUGCAAGAAACAGGGGCGAGACGAGAAUGAGCGCAUUUGAAUGUAUCAGAAAGGUUUAUCAGUCUGAUGGGAUCCGUGGUUUUUACAGGGGCAUGUCUGCUUCUUACGCAGGCAUCUCGGAGACUGUUAUUCAUUUUGUAAUUUAUGAAAGUAUUAAACGUAAAUUACUGGAAGCUAAGACUGCUUCUGCCAUGGACGAUGAGGAAGAGUCUGUAAAGGAUGCUUCUGAUUUUGUUGGACUGAUGUUGGCUGCAGCCACCUCGAAAACCUGUGCCACAUCUAUAGCAUAUCCUCAUGAAGUUAUACGAACCAGACUACGAGAAGAGGGAACAAAAUACCGAUCUUUCUUCCAGACAUUGUCAAUGGUUAUAAAAGAGGAAGGCUACAGAGCGCUUUAUCGUGGUCUUACCACGCAUUUGGUGAGACAGAUUCCAAACACGGCUAUUAUGAUGUCGACCUAUGAGCUUGUAGUUUACUUGCUUGAUGGAUAACAACCAGAAAUGUGACCAUGAACAAGAUGGGAGACCAAAGGACUGGAGUGGACCAGGGAACACCAAAUCUCGUUUGGUGACAGGAUGGAAAAGAAACCAAUUGGAAGGACUAAAGCUACAGAUAAAGAAUGAUGGACUGGUAAACGGUUAAGUCUUGCUCUGAAAGAGGGAAAAAUGGUUAACCAGGGCUGCCACACUGUGCAUCUGUCACUCUGGCAAUGCUACUUUUAAAAAAACAAAUUAAUAAUAAUAAUACAAAAAAAAAGAAAGAGCUUGCUAACAGGAGAAUGCUUGUGGGACAAAAAAAUAGCCAGCUUGCAAAGCUGUCAUGUUUCCUAUCAUGUUUAAGUAAGGAAUUAUUAUUAUUACAAAGUUUAAUGAGUGACAGUUCUCAUAGUUCAAUACAUAGUCUUGUAUGUCUAAAGAAUGCAGCUGUAGAGUUCAAAUCUGUGUGUACUGUAGACUGAAAUGGAAAUCAAGCUUUGGUUCCUGGAGUAAUAAAUAGUGAUACUAUCAGCAUAAUGUGUGUGUAUAUAUAUAUAAUUUUUUUUUUCUGAAGGCAUCUAAAACUUGCAAGUAACUUGGUAGUAGGCACAGGGAAAGUUUAAGUAUCCAGGAAACAAACUCUUCUCUCAGCAGUAUUAUGGUACCUUGUCACGGCAAAACGUCUGUUAACUCUCUGAUUGCUAUCCCAGUCCAUCAGACUGCAAAAGUGACUGUUAUACAUAAUAGGAAACAUGGAAAAUAUUCGAUUUCAAGCAUUCUCCAUUUUUAAGGUGGCAUAAUCCCUUUUAGUGCGCAAUGUAAGCUGUUCUGCUCCGAAUGGGCGAGUGGGGCUUGUGGAUUGACGGAACUUGGCAUCGUUAGGGUUAAACUCAGUAGUAAAACUUGGUAGAAUUAGCAAAACAGGAAUCCCUCAUGCUACAGGUUAGAAUAUUGGAUUUUGGACAAGCCUUGAAUUAGUUUACAAAUGUUUUGAUGUGAAAUCCAUGAAUACUGUAAUAUGCUAAUGCAGUUGAAUAAAAGCCCCGGACUUGUCAGAAACUGAAGUACUGGAACCCCCUUUUUCUUUUUCUUUUUUUUUGUUGUUGUUUUUCAGUGUGCAUGUGGCCUCUUACAUGGCUGUUCGUUGUGCAAUGGACUGUGUCCUACGCAGUAGAACAGGUUUACUGGCAAGUUCUUCACUGCCAAAAUGUAUGCAAUUUCUUUAAAUCACUAUAUGGAGAAAAAAAAAAACAGACAGGGCUUUACAGUGCUUGAAAUCCAUGUUGGCAGCUUUUCUUGUUCACCUUUAGUAUUGUUAUGAGUUGUAUAUGUGAGACUUGUACAGUAAGUAGCUCACUCCUCUCAUGAGUUAGCCUUUUAUACAGUAAUUGUGCUAAUUGUAUUCAUAAUUGAGAUGGUGAACUGUAGUUGGCAUGACUAUUUCAACAUUUUAUAAAGGUACAAUUUUAAGGUGUUUGUUUUUUAAGCAUAUAUUUGCUGUUCUUUUUACUGGUCUUGUACCCUGUGCUUGCAAUUCCUUUAAAGUUACAAAACCGUAGAAUCCAAUAUUCUGACCUUUCUGCAGCAUACUAAUUGAGCAUUGUGUUUUCUCUGGUUAUAUAGUUUACUUAAGUCUAAUAGGAAG